UAUAGGUUUAUGGGCGCUUUUCUCCGUAAUUAUGACGUAACUGAGAUAAUGGUGUGGUCACUCAGCAGUUUUGGUGUUCUCACCGCAAUAACCAAGUCAACAUUGGCAGCAUCUUGACAGCUUUCUGCUAGCGUUUCCGCCUGUUCUCAUGCGACCGUCAACUUUGUCGAAUGAACAAAUUACGUACUCCUUCGCAACGGAAACCAUCUUACAUCACGUACUCCCGGGUCCGGAUCGUAUAAACGGGGACUUCCUAAUGUUUUAAGGUUCAAUAGACGGAUCUCCCAUAAGUAUCAGGCGGCAGCCUGCUCGUCAGCGUCCUACGACAAGCAUCGCUCUCUUUUCAGAAUCUCGUCCAGGCUAACGUUAUGUUAAAUCCUACUGCCAAAGACCUGUUUGGACUUCCUCCCAGCGAGACGAUGUUCAUGGGUAUUAAUGAGUCGGCCGAAGACCUUGUGUUCCUCAGAGUCUCCGCAGGUGUCUUCAGCAUUGCCUUGAUAGCCGAGCCUCAGGGUGUGCGCGUCGGGCUGAUGGUGCUAAGCGCAUUCUUCUUGGUGAUAGGCUUGUGCUACAGUGUACGGAUUUACCGCAAGAUACAGAGGGACAACAUGCCUAUCUUCGUCGACCGGAUGACACCGGAUCUUCAGACCAUGAUAGCUGUAGGCUGGGUGGACAAACCUGUAGUUGUGGUCGGGAAAUAUAAGUGGAGCAGGCCACAGCUGGACUUCAUAUCGGCUUUCGCGGUGAUGAUGCCGUUGGAAGUAGAGAUGUGA